GAAAAAGAGGCAGUGGCUAAAAAGCAGUGGGAGGGUUUGACAGCUGCUCCUUCCUUCCAGCUCGGACUGCAGCUCGCAGAAGCGCGCAAUUUUGUGCCAUGGCAUCUCCACUGAAGAGUCUGGUUAAUGAUGAUAGCAGAUACCAGAAGGCCUUCCAUCUUUUUCUGGAGCGCUCCUCGGAACAUCAGUGCAUGCAGGACUUCAUCCACAAAGUCCUGCCAGACAUCUUGUCCGGCAUCGGAAAUGGGAAGUCCCACCUUAACGUCAUAGGAGUUGGGAGCGGCGAUGGUCACAUUGACCUGGAGAUGUUCUCCGAGCUGCGUCUGAAACACCCAGGGGUGACGGUGGAUCACCAGGUGGUGGAACCCAGCAGCCAGCAGCUUUACAGCUACAAAGUGUUGGUGGCGCAGAGGUCCGACUUAGGUUACAUCACCUUCAACUGGAACAAGAUGACCUCCUCGGAGUUUGAGGAUCAAUGGAAAUCAAAGCAGAUGACGAAGAAAGCGGACUUCAUCCACAUGGUUCAGAUGCUGUACUACGUGGCGGACAUUGAAGCCACCAUCAGAUUCUUCCGGAGUCUCCUUGACAAGAACGGGAAGCUUCUCAUUAUUCUGGUGUCUGGUGAGAGCGGCUGGGGAACUCUGUGGAGGACUUUCCGUAGUCAGUUGUGCGCCUGUGAAAUAAGUCAGUGUGUCACCACGGCGGACGUCAAAGUCUUCUUGGACUCGGUGGGAGCCAAAUACGCCAGCUACGCGCUGCCUUCUCAGAUGGACAUCACCGAGUGUUUCGCAGAGGGCGACGAGAACGGCGAGCUUCUGCUCGAUUUCCUCACGGAGGUGGAUCGCUUCGGUCACACGGCGCCGCCGCAACUCAAGGCUGACGUGUUGAAGUUGCUGCGAGACCCCGCCUGCUCCCGGGAGUCCAAUGGGAGGGUUAUCUUCAAUAACACCCUGGAGGUGGUCGUUGUGGAUCCACCCACAUAAAAGGGUAAAUGUACGGACUGUAAAACAUCAAAUACUAAUUGAAGAAAAGCCUCUUUGAUCUUUUUGUAAUUCUUCCAACUAUUUCUAUUCAUUUCUAAUAUUCAUUGUAAUAGUAGUUGUAAUAUUAAUUGUGCAGUGUGCAUACUUUUUUGGCUUGAAAUCUUUGUGUGAUGGAACUAUUUUAUUAAUUUUUUUUUGUUCAAUUCAGCACUUACUGUGAAACCUAUAACAGAAAUUCUUAGGGCCCAAUUUUUCCACUACAGAGAGGCCCGUUUAAAUAUUAACACCGAAUUAGUCAUCUUGAUAUGCACGGUAUUCAAUUAUUAUAUCUAACCUCCUUUCAGUCUAACGAAACAACCCUUGUUAAAUAAUAUGACAGCAUGUGUUCAUCACAAAGAUUAUUAUCAAGGCUUAGGUUAGGCUGAUUACAAAAUAAUACUGCAAAAAAAAAAAAGCACUCCAAAAUCAAAUACAAUUACACACUAUAAAAAAUUAUGAAUUUUGACUAAAUUAUUAAAAAUUUAAGUUUCUUAAAUAAACUGUCAAUAAAAUUAAAGUACAAAUGAAAAUACAGCUUCGCCACUUUAUUCAUAUUUUUUGCGCUUGGGAAACCCCAGACUUCUUCUGUUUGUUUAAGUUUGUCGUCACUGCCACAAGUGGUGGAAAAGCGUAUUACAACUGAGUACUGCUGCGACCCAUAGCUGAGAGAGGGAUAUUUUUUGGAGCGCCUCCAAAGGGUGCUAGCCGUUCCAAAAACUGAUUGGAAAUUAGGGAUGCAAAAAAAAAUAGAUUCACAUCCAAAUCGUGAUUCUUACUCGUUACAUAAUUUUCAAAAAAAUAUAUAUUUUUUUUUAAAUAAUUGAAAUGUAAUAAUGUGAUUGUUUGUUUUUUAAUCUGUAAAUGCUCGAAUUAUAACGAAUUAAAAUCAAUGAUGUUAUGAAUUGUUUACCUAUUUAGGACUCCAAUUACUUCACAUAAAAUGUUCCACUUAAAAAAAAUUGGUGGGAAAUGAAUUCAUACUUUGUGCUUAUGUCAUAAAAAAACUGGGUUGUCUUUAAAAAAAAAAGGCAUAAAACAUUAAACAUUAUUAUUUUUAUUCAACUUUAUGUCGACAGACAGACUUGAAGUUGAUCUAGAGAUGUACUGUAAACAAAAAAUAAUACAUGGCUAAUGUUUUACCAUUUUAAUGACUGAGGUCCUUUUGUGUCCCUUGGAUCAAACUUGAGGGGAGCCCUAAAGGUUUUAAGAAUAAAAUAAGAAUAAUAUAUUGUUUUGGAAAUGUAAAAUAGAAUAAACGGCCCCAAGAUUGUUUAAAGCAGGGGUAGGGAACCUGUGGCUCUUUUGAUGACUUCUUCUGGCUCUCAGAUAAAUCUUAGCUGACAUUGCUUAACACAGGGCCCGGCACAUUUUAAGAAUACAAUUUAAAAAAUUAAAAAAAAAACAUAAAAAGUGGUAUAAAACAGCAAACGAGUGAAAUGUAACAAGACUUUGUUGCAAUGCUUACUCUUAUAACACAAAGCUGCCAUGCAGGCUGUUUCUUUCUUUAAAAAAUAAUAAUGAAUCAAAAUCAAUGUCAUUUUGAAUUAUUGACCUAUUCAAGGCUUCGAUUACAUCACAUUAAAUAUUCCACUUAGAGAUAUUUUUUGGGGAAAAUGUUGCAUAUUUUGUGUUUUACCAUAUAAAAAACUGAGCUGUUUUUUUUAAAAGAGGGCCUAAAACAAACAAACAAAACAUACACAACAAUAAAACUUAAAAUUGACGGAUAUAUCUGAAGUUGAUCUCGAGAUUAUUGUGCUAAAAGUAAACGGUAAAUAAAAUGUAUAAUUUAUUUUUCAACACUUUAGUAAGUAGGACACUUUUGGAUACCAAUUAUUUUAGUGUAAUUUGUUUUUAAGUGUCAUUGCUCCAAAAAUAAUAAUGAAUCAAAAUCCAAAAUUAAGGCUCCAAUUAUUAUAUAAUCUCAAAUAUUCCACCUAAAAAGUUAUUGGGUGAAAAUAUUGCAUAUUUUGUCAUUUUUCCAUUUUUUUUUUCAAAUGUUGAUCUAGAAAUUUAAAACUUCCAUAAAAAUAAAAAUUAUAAUACUGAAUAAUGACACAUUUUUAAUAUUUUUUUUGACCAAAACCCUUUGGGGUCCCGGGAUCAUAACUGAGUGGGGGCUUAAAUGUAUGUUUUUUAUACAUAUAUUGUAUUGGUUUUUAAAAUAAAAAUGAUGAAAAUGGC